AUGAGGGCCCGGCGAACCUCCCGGCCCCCGGGCCGAUACGCCCGCGAGACCAUGUUGAUACGGCGGGGCUCGGAGUGCUGGCUGGUGGUGAAGGACUCGUGCCUGCUCUACAUGAAGCCGGAGUCGGGGGCCGUCUCCUUCGUGAUGCUGUUCGAUAAAGAGUUCAGCAUCAAGAUGGACUCCAAAGACACGGAGACCAAACACGGAAUCCGCAUCGACGGUCUCUCCAGAUCUUUGGUGUUGAAGUGCAGCAGCUACAGACACGCCCGCUGGUGGGGUCAGGCCAUCGAGGCCUUCGUUAAGAAACACGGCACCGCCUUCCUCACCGACCACCGCUUCGGAUCCUUCGCCAGAGAAGAAGUAAACAUCCCGACUAAAUGGUAUGUGAACGGAAAAUCAUACAUGGAGGACGUUGCAGAUGCUCUUGAAGAAGCCAAAGAGGAAAUAUUCAUCACAGACUGGUGGUUGAGUCCAGAGAUCUUCCUGAAGAGGCCGGUUGUGGAGGGAAACCGCUGGCGUCUGGACUGCAUCCUGAAACGCAAAGCGCAACAAGGUGUGCGUAUCUUUGUGAUGCUGUACAAGGAAGUGGAGUUAGCUCUGGGAAUAAACUCCGGAUACAGCAAGAGGACGCUGCUGCACCUCCACCCCAACAUCAAGGUGAUGCGUCACCCGGACCACGUCUCCUCGGCUGUCUACCUGUGGGCGCAUCACGAGAAGAUCAUUGUGGUCGACCAAUCGGUGGCCUUCGUGGGAGGGAUCGACCUGGCAUAUGGUCGCUGGGACGACAGGGAGCACAGGCUGACCGACGUUGGGAGUGUCACACUCUCACACCAGGCUGAAGCGGCCUCUCCAAACAUGGCUGCUCCAGCUAACGGCAGCGGCGGGGGGGCUCCCCAAAGUAACGGGAAAAACAUUUUCACGGUGACGGACUCUGUGGACCAGCCCCGGCUGAAAGGGCAAGGCAGACUGAAGAGGACGAGGUUCAGCAUCCGGAGACACCUGCAGAAACACGGGCUGGCCUCGGCAGACAGCGACAGCGACCUGGAGGACGAAGAGAUCAGCGGCUCGCAGCGCAGUCUGCACACGGGCGUCGGGGAGUUAUUCGGAAACACGCGCUUCUGGCACGGAAAAGACUACUGCAACUUUGUGUACAGGGACUGGAUUCAGCUGGAAAAACCUUUCGAUGACUUCAUAGACAGACACACAACUCCCAGAAUGCCUUGGCACGACAUCUCCUCAGUGGUCCACGGGAAAGCAGCUCGAGACGUGGCCCGACACUUCAUCCAGCGCUGGAACUUCACCAAGAUUAUGAAGCCGAAGUAUCGCUCUCUGUCGUUCCCGUAUCUGCUGCCCAAAUCUCACACCACCGCCGAAGAGCAGCGCUACCAAGUACCCAACUGCAUCCCCUCUAAAGUGCAGAUCCUACGCUCAGCCUCUGAUUGGUCGGCUGGCAUCAAGAACCACGAGGAGUCCAUCCACAACGCGUACGUGCAAGUCAUCCUGAACAGCCAGCACUUCAUUUACAUAGAGAAUCAGUUUUUCAUCAGCUGUUCAGACAACAGACACGUGUUCAACAAGAUAGGAGAUGCUAUUGCACAGCGCAUCAUCCAAGCAUUCAGGGAGGGUAAAAAGUACAGAGUGUACCUGGUGACGCCUCUGCUGCCGGGCUUCGAGGGAGACAUCAGCACCGGAGGAGGCACGGCCCUCCAGGCCAUCAUGCACUUCAACUACAGGACGAUGAACCGAGGAGAGCACUCCAUCAUCUCACAGCUACACAAAGAGAUGGGAGACCAGUGGAUGAACUACAUCUCCAUUGCUGGUCUGAGGACUCACGCUGAGCUGGAGGGGAAGCUGGUCACGGAGCUCAUCUACGUCCACAGCAAGAUGCUCAUCGCAGACGACAACACCGUCAUCAUCGGUUCUGCAAACAUCAACGACAGGAGCAUGCUGGGAAAGAGGGACAGCGAGGUUGCGGUUAUCGUGGAGGACUCGGAGAUGGUGCCGUCGGUUAUGGACGGGCAGGAGUACCAGGCGGGAAAAUACGCCCUGCAGCUGCGCCUCGAGUGCUUCAGGAUGAUUUUGGGCGCCAACACGGACCCCUCCAUCGACGUGUCGGACCCCAUCAGCGAGACGUUCUUCAAAGAGGUGUGGACGGCCACCUCCGCUCGCAACGCCACCGUCUACCAGAAGGUUUUCCGCAGCCUACCGUCCUCUGACGUGCGGAACAUUCUGGAUCUGGAGGGCUUCCUGGCCGUGCCCGGUCUGUGCACCGAGGACCCGGCGCGAGCUCAGGAGAAGCUGAAGAAGAUCCGCGGCUUCCUGGUCCAGUUUCCUCUCGACUUCCUGUGUGAGGAGAACCUGCUUCCUCCCAUCGGGUCCAAGGAGGCCAUGAUGCCCAUGGAGGUGUGGACCUGAAGAGGGAAGAACCCCAGCCUAUACGGU